AAUUACAGGAGCUUGGUAUGGGUAGCCGUCAUUGUAUUCUUCGACACGUGAUGGUGAUUGUCUAUUGGACGUUCCAGCCGUGGUUUCGCCACUAGACUCACCUAUUAUUAUCAUCCAUUGGUAACUGUUUACCUAUAAUUACCCACUUUACCCAUGGUACCUGACGAGCCCAGCUCAGAACACAAAAGGGCCAAGAGACAAAUGAAAAAAUCGAACCGUGGAAUUGGUCACAUUGAGUUUUACGGAGUAGAUCGAGUAUCAUUAUCAACAAAAAUGCAAUGGACUAACUUGACAUGACAAAAACGAAGAUUCUGACAGCCACAUAAUGAACGCGCAUGUCAGCAUGAGGCCAGAGUUGGUCGCCGACCACUUGGGCAGGCGACUCUUCAUUCCAAUUGUCUGUUCGCAAUGGCUCACAAACCAGAAAUGGGAGAGGGAGCGGGUCCCACUAGAUUCCAGCAAAUUCAGAUCGGCCACGGCAGGCUUUAUUUAUCCUCUGUUAAUGAAUUUGUCUACUCCGUAACGUUAAUAGCAUUCAAGGGGCCCUCUGAGAAAUGAAGGAACGACAUUUGCUCCUAAAUAUGGUGUGAG